GAGAGGCGGAAGUGACGCUUUAAGUGGGCGCCGGCCAGGCGGCGAGUUGUCUCGUCUUCCUUAGCCCGCGAGUCCGUUGGAUGAGGAUGAACAGCCGCCUGCAGGAGAUCAGGCAGCGGCAGAAAUUGCGCCGGCAACUUCUGGCUCAGCAGUUGGGGGCUGAAAGUGCUGAUAGCAUUGGUGCAGUAUUGAAUAGCAAGGAUGAACAGAGGGAAAUUGCUGAGACAAGAGAAACCUCCAGGGCUGCUUAUGACACAUCUGCGCCAAAUACCAAACGCAAAUAUCUAGAUGAGGGAGAAGCUGAUGAAGAAGAAAUAGAAGAAUAUAAGGAUGAAGUAGAGCUUCAACAAGAUGAUGAGAACCUGCCCUAUGAAGAAGAAAUUUACAAAGAUUCCAGUACUUUUCUUAAGGGGACUCAGAGCUUAAAUCCCCACAAUGAUUACUGUCAGCACUUUGUGGAUACUGGACACAGACCUCAGAACUUUAUCAGAGAUGUGGGCUUAGCAGACAGAUUUGAAGAAUAUCCAAAGCUCCGGGAACUCAUCAGGCUGAAGGAUGAGCUAAUAUCUAAAUCUAACACUCCCCCUAUGUAUUUACAAGGUGACUUGGAAGCUUUUGAUCUUCGUGAACUAAAGUCUAAGUUUGAUGUGAUUCUUUUGGAGCCUCCACUAGAAGAAUACUAUAGGGAGACGGGCAUCACUGCUAAUGAAAAAUGCUGGACUUGGGAUGAUAUUAUGAAGCUGGACAUUGAAGAAAUUGCUGCCCCACGGUCAUUUGUCUUUCUCUGGUGUGGUUCUGGGGAGGGUCUGGAUCUUGGCAGAGUGUGUUUGCGCAAAUGGGGUUAUAGAAGAUGUGAAGAUAUCUGUUGGAUUAAAACCAAUAAAAACAACCCUGGGAAGACCAAGGCUUUGGAUCCUAAGGCUGUCUUUCAAAGAACAAAGGAACACUGCCUUAUGGGCAUCAAAGGAACAGUUCGCCGUAGCACAGAUGGGGACUUUAUCCAUGCUAAUGUUGACAUAGAUCUAAUUAUCACGGAAGAACCCGAAAUUGGCAACAUAGAGAAACCUGUGGAGAUAUUUCACAUCAUUGAACAUUUUUGUCUUGGAAGAAGACGGCUCCAUAUCUUUGGACGGGAUAGUACAAUCCGGCCAGGUUGGCUAACUGUGGGACCCACACUCACAAAUAGUAACUUCAACGUGGAAACAUACUCAUCAUACUUCACAGCUCCAAAUUCCCACCUAACUGGCUGUACAGAAGAGAUUGAGAGGCUUCGACCUAAAUCACCUCCUCCAAAAGACCGGGGAGGCGGCGCACCAAGGGGUGGAGGUAGAGGCGGGACGUCAGCUGGCCGAGGAGAAAGAGGCAGAGAGAGAAACCGAACUAAUUUCCGGGGAGAAAGAGGUGGAUUCAGAGGAGGACGGGGAGGUACCCACCGGGGAGGCUUUCCUCCUCGCUGAACACAUCCAAGUCUCCUCUUCGGCCUUCCUUCAUAACUUCUCCAUUUUUAAAGUCUUAAUUCUGCUGAGGUUAUACUUUGCUGACUCAGUCUAUAAGUCUGUUAUCAAACCAGUUUUUGUACAUGCUGUGAGCAAGCUCCGAGAUAGCACAUCGUUCUCUUUGAUGAACAAUAUCCAGCACCUGAUGUCAAAAGCACUAAAGGCUUUGGUGGAUGCCAUUCACCAAAGUGGAAAUCAAAGCAGAGUGGCCUCACAGUAGUUUCAUUUGAGAUUUCAUCUGAUUCUUCCUGUUCUUAAAAACAGAACAAAACUAAAAACCACCUUUUUGAAUAUUGCCAUUGUUCAUAAACAGUGAAAACAAUUCCCACUUGCCGUCUCUAGGCAUUAUUCCUUCUCAAGCAAAUGAUAUGCAACUCUGCUUCCCAUGGCAAUAAUAGAAAAUAGGAGCGGGUUUUUCUGACUCAAUGGUUAUAUUGGCAUUUAAUCCACUUAAUUUUGUACGUGUCAAAUAUGUUUGAUCAUUCUUUCUUUUUACAAGGAAUGUAUGAUAAUUGAGUUUGUAAUGGUUAGUGGACAGCUCAGAGUAGCUUUUAUCAGUAUUGCUUUAACAUCUCAUGCCUGCUUAACCCAUCAGUCCAGACAGUAGGUCUCAGUCAAAUGUUCCUUGUUCAGAUGAAGGAAACCAGAUUUAUUGCAAAAUAUGGUGGUUAUUGGAUGCCAUUAAAAUGCUAAAUGAGUUGCCACAUUUGUUGGAUGAAAAACUGAAGUUUAGACUUGCUACAAACUCAAAAUACUAUCCAAUGUUAGGCAUUUCUCAGUCCUACUAAUUUCAGUGGUAAAAGAUUCAAGUAGGUUAACGCUUCCAUUGAAGACCUUGGGGCUUGCAAAUGGAUUGUGUCCCCAGUGUGGAGAUUGCCAACAGGUUACAGACUAUUACUUCCAGAAUAUAGCUUCUAAAGACAAGUUGGUUCAUUUUUUAAAAAUUGCAGCCGUGUGCCAUGUUCAUUGUAAAAGACUGGGAGGUGUUUUUGUCCCCCAGAUAGUUUACCUUUUUUCUUUUUUAAAGCAAAGCUGAUACUGAUUGCUUGUAUAUAGAAUGAUAUUUGGUCAAAUCUUGGUUAUGCUGUUGUAGAGGAUUCUGACGAUGAUGUAAGGACUGAAAUGAAAAUCUUAUGUACUUCUGUUCCUGAGAACUAGUUUUAAAAGGUUUUAAGUGAAAGCAAUGGGAUUAUUUUACUAUUUUUUGAUAAAUAUAUUAUUAUUUUA